GGCCGCGCAGGCGGGCUGCGCCGUGCUGGACCAGGCCUUCCAGCGCUACCGCGACCUGCUCUUCGGGGCCGGCUCCUGGCCGCGCCCGGGCCCCGCAGAUACCCUGAGCAUAAACGACGACCAGUGUCUACUCUUCUCCCAGAGCAUCUGGGGGGCUCUCCGAGGCCUGGAGACCUUCAGCCAGCUCGUCUGGAAAUCUGCUGAGGGGACGUUCUUCGUCAACGAGACCGAGAUUCAGGACUAUCCCCGCUUCCCUCACCGGGGCUUGCUAUUGGAUACGUCUCGCCAUUACCUGCCCCUGGCCAGCAUCCUGGACACUCUGGAUGUCAUGGCCUACAACAAACUCAACGUGUUCCACUGGCAUCUGGUCGACGACCCCUCCUUCCCAUACGAGAGCUUCACCUUCCCAGAGCUCACCAAGAAGGGAUCCUACAACCCCGCCACGCACAUCUACACGCCACAAGAUGUCAAGGAGGUCAUCGAGUACGCGCGGCUCCGGGGCAUCCGUGUGCUGGCCGAGUUUGAUACCCCUGGCCACACUUUGUCCUGGGGCCCAGGGAUCCCGGGACUGCUGACUCCUUGCUACUCUGGGGCCCAUCCCUCUGGCACCUUUGGACCAGUGAACCCCAGCCUCAACAACACCUACGAGUUCAUGAGCACGUUCUUCCUGGAGAUCAGCUCCGUGUUCCCGGACUUCUAUCUGCACCUGGGAGGAGAUGAGGUGGACUUCACCUGCUGGUCCGGCCAGACACGAUCAUACAGGUGUGGCGAGAAGGGGUGCCCGUGGACUACAUGAAGGAGCUGCAGCUGAUCACCAAGGCCGGCUUCCGGGCCCUGCUCUCUGCCCCCUGGUACCUGAACCGAAUAAGUUACGGCCCUGACUGGAAGGACUUCUACAAGGUGGAGCCCCUGGCCUUUAAAGGGACCCCAGAGCAGAAGGCGCUGGUGAUUGGCGGGGAGGCGUGUAUGUGGGGCGAGUACGUGGACAGCACGAACCUGGCUCCCAGGCUCUGGUAA